CCCGCCCCUCUCCCCGCCCCUCCCGAGCCGGUGCCGCCCGAUCCCGGCGAGGCUUAGCAGGACAGCUUCAGCAGACCGCACAGCAGCAUGUGGCUGUACGCGAUGCUCUUCCUCCUUCUCCUCCUCCUCUCCCUCUUCCUCCUUCUCGCCCGGGUCGUGCUGGGCUCGGGGCGCGAACCCAACCCCUUCGCCACCGACGCCCGGCGCCCGCCCGCCCCGCUCGUUACCGACAAGGCUGUCCGCAGGACCGUGGUCAAGACAGUUUUCUCAGCAGAUAAAGUCCCCGCGGAGCUCGAUGCCAUCGUGAUUGGCAGCGGCAUCGGGGGGCUGGCAGCUGCCACGCUGCUGGCCAAGGUGGGCAAGAGGGUGCUGGUGCUGGAGCAGCAUGGCAAGCUGGGGGGCUGCUGCCACACCUUCACCGAGAAGGGCUUCGAGUUCGACACUGGGAUCCACUACUUGGGCCAGAUGCAUGAGGGCUCUCCGGCUCGCACGCUGCUGGACCAGCUGACGGAGGGGCAGCUGCAGUGGGCACGGCUGCCAGCUGCCCACGACGCGGUGGUGCUGGGGGAGCCGGGAGCCGGUGCCAGGAUCGUUCGCAUCCAUUCCGGGCAGCAGGAAUAUUUCCGCACCCUCAAGGAGCAGUUCCCGGCCGAGGGAGCUGCAAUCGAUGAGUUCGAGAGGCUGGUGAAGAGCGUGGACAAGGGCAUGGUUCUGCUCGGCCUCCUGAAGAUGGUACCGCGGGCGCUGGCACUGCUGCUGUGCCGCUCGGGGCUCCUGCCUUGGCUCUUCCUCUUCUGCCGCCUGGCAUCGCGCAGCGUGAAGGAGGUGGUGGAGGGGCUCACUGCCGACCCCGAGCUCCGAGCUGUCUUCAGCUACCUCUUCCCCACCUACGGCGUGGUGCCCUCCAAGGCCAGCUUCACCAUGCAUGGCAUCCUGGUCAACCACUUCCUGGAUGGGGCCUGGUACCCCCGCGGCGGGUCCGGGGAAAUCGCCUUCCACCUGAUUCCUGUCAUCAGGAAGAGUGGAGGCAACGUGCUGGGAAGGGCACCAGUGGAGAAGAUCCUGCUGGAUUCCCAGGGCAGAGCUUGUGGUGUGAGUGUGAAGAAAGGCCAAGAGCUGCUGAACAUCUUUGCCCCCAUUGUCAUUUCUGAUGCUGGAGUCUUCAACACCUACCAGCGGCUGCUGCCCGCCAAGGCACAGGCACUGCCAGAGAUCCAGGCGCAGCUGGGCAGGGCGGUGCACGGCGAGGGAGGCUUCAGCAUCUUCAUCGGCGUCAACGGCUCCAAGGAGGAGCUGGGGCUGGAGCCCAUCAACUACUUUGUGUAUCCAGGGAGCGACUUGGAUGAAUUAGCAGGGAGCUACCUGGCAUCCUCCAGAGAAGAAGCUGCCAAGAGGAUCCCUCUGCUCUUUGUCACUUGCCCCUCGGCCAAAGACCCCACCUGGGAACAGAGGUACCCAGGCAAAUCCACCCUGGUCAUGAUCACCUUCACCAAGUAUGAGUGGUUCGAGGAGUGGAAGGACAAACAGGUCCACAAGAGGGGAGAGGACUACGAGGAGCUGAAGAAGACCUUCGUGGACAGCGUCCUGAGCAUUGUCUUCAAGCUCUAUCCUCGCAUCGAGGGCAGGGUGAGGCUCUCUGCUCCCCAGCUCCUCUCCUGCUUCCUGCCUAUCUUGAGCCAGCCUGCAAAGAGUCUGAGGCUCAGCAGCAAUGCAUGCCCCUUGCUGCCAAUGCUGCAGCUCAGGCUCAGCUCCAAGCUCCUUGCCCCUUGCUGCCAAUCCAUGCCCCUUGCUGCCAAUCCAUGCCCACUGCAGCCUGCAAAGGCUCUGGCUCAGCUGCAGCUGAGGCUCAGCUCCAAGCUCUUUGCUGCUGCCAAUCCAUGCCCCUUGCUGCCAAUCCAUGCCCACUGCAGCCUGCAAGGCUCUGGCUCAGCUGUAGCUGAGGCUCAGCUCCAAACUCUUUGCUGCUGCCAAUCCAUGCCCACUGCAGCCUGCAAGGCUCUGGCUCAGCUGCAGCUGAGGCUCAGCUCCAAGCUCCUCAAUGCUGCUGCCAAUCCAUGCCCCUUGCUGCCAAUCCAUGCUCCUUGCUGCCAAUCCAUGCCCACUGCAGCCUGCAAAGGCUCUAGCUCAGCUGCAGCUGAGGCUCAGCUCCAAGCUCCUCAAUGCUGCUGCCAAUCCAUGCCCCUUGCUGCCAAUCCAUGCCCACUGCAGCCUGCAAAGGCUCUGGCUCAGCUGCGGCUGAGGCUCAGCUCCAAGCUCUUUGCUGCUGCCAAUCCAUGCUCCUUGCUGCCAACCCAUGCCCACUGCAGCCUGCAAAGGCUCAGCUGCAGCUGAGGCUCAGCUCCAAGCUCUUUGCUGCUGCUGCCAAUCCGUGCCUGCUGCAGCCUGCAAAGGGUGUGGCUGAGCUGCACCUGAGGCUCAGCUCCAAGCUCCUCGAUGCUGCUGCCAAUCCAUGCCCCUUGCUGCCAAUCCAUGCCCACUGCAGCCUGCAAAGGCUCUGGCUCAGCUGCAGCUGAGGCUCAGCUCCAAGCUCUUUGCUGCUGCCAAUCC